UAGCGAUUAGAUUACGUUUCUGUUCCUGUACUUCUCCCACGUGAGGUUCUUCUCUCUGUUUCAGCAGUUGCAGCAGUCCAUGGAGCAGAGCUAAGGUUUCCGCCUACAGGGAUGAAGAGGCGUGGAUCUCUUCGGCAAAUCCAUCGACGAUCACUCCGUUGGAGUUUCGCAGAAUCCCAGCAAUCGAGCUAGACGAGUUGCCUUCCACCCACGAGCAGUCGACGUUCAGCUUCAGAGCUUGGCUAUCUGGCGCUGUCCAGCUCACAGGCACUACAAGAGGUAUAUAUAGCAGAGAAGAAGGAGAAAACACCCAACGACGCAGAGAAGGAUAGCUCAGUGGUGGUCUGCAACAUGUUUCGCUUCUUCGAUCCAGAAGACGACGCUGUGGAGGUGAAAUUGACUUUGCCUUUGCUGAGGGAAGAAUGGAAAGACCAUGUUAUUUUCAAUGGCCCUGCCAUCAAUGAGAUGAAUGGACGGCACAACACCAAGAACAACAAAAAUCGUGUCAAGAAGAUGGAUCUUAGCCAUCUUAGGGCUACUAUAACACGGGCCAAGCAACUGACCACACAAGGCUUUCGAAGAUUUACAAGCUGGUACCUUUAUGCAGUAAAUAGGGUAUCCUCGGGCCAUAUAUGUCGGAUCAAGAACAUCUCGAGUGUUCCUUUUAUGUGUGUAGCAAAAUUUCAUGCGUACGAAUACGUUGUUCCGAGAGGUCAUAAUUAUGGCGUGACACAUAAAUGGAUGCUCUUCGACCCAAAAAAGAAAAUUAGGAGAUGGAUAUUCGGCCAUGAGUUAAUGCCCGGAGAUUAUAUUGACAUACCAUUGUUUCCCUUAUGGAGCGUUUCUGUAACCUACGUGCGUAUCCAUGUUUACCCGAAGAUAGCAGGAGAGUAUCCUUUUGAUAUGUAUGGAUUCGGCGAAGACGAAAUUGUCUAUCCCAACGGAGUUAAGGCUGUGGAUGUGGCAGGAUUCAUCAGCUCUGGGUGCGUGUAUUCGUCACGUGAAGUGUCACUCAAUUGGAAGGGCAAGGUGAUGUGUCACUCAAUUGGAAGGGCAAGGUGAUAAAAUCAGUUGUUUAUUGAUUUUAAGUAUCCGUGCUUUUACUAAGAUUGGAGAUUCUCGUCCUUGUUAAUUUCUCUAUUUGACUUCCUUUCGCCAUAGUCAAGCUGUGACUUUAUAUUUCUCAAUUAAAUAUAGUCUCUAUUUCUUCUCAACUCAAA